UAUUUAGUAAACGGUAGGAAAGUGGGAGUCUGAAAGUGGUAUACAGCGGCGGUUCACAGUUUUGCCAGUCUCUCUUUAUUACACUAACUCACUGCUUCUAUAUACAUAUACACUUGUGAUAGGCAGAGAUAACCAGCCAUCUUGCUGCUGAUCAGAGCGGUCUAGUUGAUCGAGGGUUUGUUCUGAGCCUAAAUAUAGAACUACUGUAACAGCGAACUAACUCAUUCACUCACCUGCUGCCAUUACUUUGCUUUAUACACUUUAUAUUCGUUUUUAAUUUUUCUCUAUUGGUUUUGUUGUGGCGUUUUAAUUUUACCCCCUCUUUUCUGCUGUCUAGUCAUUGUUUUAACCGAAGACUCACUUUGAAAUUAAUUGACAUUCCUCUGAUCGCACCUAUAUACUUGUACAUAUGUGAUCAGUUAACGAAGCCAAGGAUACUAUUAUAUAUAUAUAUAUAUAUAUAUAUAUAUAUAUGCUACACAGCAAGAUAAAAAAAAUAUAUACGUAUACAUUUAUCUUGUACACUAACAUAUUUCUGUGACCCGACAAAGAAAGGAAAGCAAAUGCGAACCAAAUGAAGAAAUACGAAAGAAGGAAUUAUAUACCGCUACGUUUGAAAUGCAUCUCACAUCAUGUUACGAAAUACAAAAGAAAAGAAAAAAAGAUUAUUAACUUCUUCGUAACAAAAAUAUGCUAACUAUUAAUUAGUAAUAUUAAUUAUGGACAUAUCGGUAACAGCAACACAAAGAUCCUUUAAACGAUCAGGAUGAAUUAAUAAUUAACGCAAACGUGGAACCAUUCAUAUAUAUAUAUAUAUAUAUAUAUUUAUGGUAGAAGAAAUCAGCCGAAGACUGGAAACCUGAAUUAAAGCCAAACCACAUAUAAACUCUGCUGUUAGAUCCUUUUAAUGAACACCAGCUGUCGAAGAAGAUCUCUUCCGAAGUGUCAAAUACAGAAAAAUCCUGGGUCAAAAAAAAAGGAAAAACCACGAAAGAUUCGUUAGCCUUUGUAACCUCAAUCAGUCAUCAGCACGAUAGUCAAACCAUAAUCAGAGUCGAUAUUUUCUCAUCGACAUCAGUGUCUCAACUUUUUCUGCCAUUGUGCAGCUAACAUUUUCAACCAAAGAUCCUGGCCUCGGAAUCCGCCAAAAUAGCUCCGACAAGCAUUAAAUCCGCCCCGCGGUCCUCGGAGGCAUCACGCCGGAGGAGCAGCGUGGGGACCGCGGAGGAUGACUCAGAUACCGACAGAUCUGAGUCAAAGAAAGCUCUAACCGACCCGUUGACUGCAACCCUGGAUUCUCCAACCAGUCAAAGUGCAAAAACGUCCAGGACGGCCUCCGCAACGGCGAAAAGUAAAGCAUCAAAGACAGAGAAGCGGGUGCGAAUGUCCUCGAGACGUUCCGCCAACUUCACUCAUCAUGAGAAAGAAAUUCUACUAUCAUUGAUGCAAACAUAUCGACAUGUUGUCGAAGACAAGCGGACAGAUGGCAUCAUGGUGAAAGAGAAAAAUGCCGCCUGGAUCGAAUUGACCAAUAAGUAUAAUGCACAGAACGAAGUAUGGACUCGAUCGGUUAAACAACUAAGGCAAUGCUGGAAAAACUUGAAAAGCAGAGCCCGAAUUGAUCUCAUGCGAGUUAACUUGCAAACCACUACCUCCGAUUCGGACACUAAUACAGUGCGACUAAAUUUGGUUCCGCUUAAUAACGUUUCUAAACCCACCGACAACACAAAUCAGAGCACGUUGAACAGCAGUAACAAUAUUAACAACAACACAACUGGAAACAUCAUUAGCAACAACACUAACAACAACAUUAACAAUACAAAUAAUAACAAUGCAACCAACAUUAUCCUCAGCAGUAUUCUAAACAACAACAACAGCAUUAGCAACAGUAACACUAUUAAGUCAGGUUCGGUCCCGAGCUAUGGUAGCCAACUCCAAGCUCUGUCGUCAACUGCUGGUUCCAACAGUGUAGUUGGCCUGUCGCCCUCAUUACUCCGCGGUGGUAGUCUAAGUAACAGACCCAACUCCAAGACUAGCGGCAGCAAGAAGCGGAAGAAGAAGAAAGUGGUACUGAACGAUGUCAGUAGCAGGAACUUCGCUACUAACGACAACAACAGCAAUAGCAACAGCAACAGCAGCAGUCGCAGGCAACAGAGGUUACUAACAGUUUCUUCUGCCACUAUCGGUGUGGAAAGAGAUGACAUAGAUGACGAAGAUGAUGCCGACGAGGACGACGAAGAAGAGGAUACUGUUGCUGUUUUAGCUGCUGUCAACGACGAUGAUAGCAACACAAUCGGAGCACGGCGGAGGCGACGACGCCGUCUCAAUCCCACCAGCAAAUCUACGUCCAUCAGCGACAGCGCUCUGGUCGAUGUCGCUGAUGAAAACGAUGAGUUUGAUGAAGACGAAAACGAGGAAGAAGAAGAGGAAGAAGACGAAGAUGAAGACGUAGAAGGCGAUGAUAACGACGAGGUCGACGAUGACGAUGAGGACAUCGACGAUAGUGGAACCGUUGACGAUGAUAUUUACAAUGAUGAAGAUGUGCGAAGAAGCAGUCGACAUCAUCGUUCGGGUGUGGCUGUUGACAGUUUCCAUGUGGAGCAAAACAGCGACCCCAGUAGUCAGCCAGGGGCGGCACAGGACGUUGAUCCGCUCUAUUCAGUGGAAAACCUGGCUGUUGUUUCGGUAUCAGGUAGCGCCGACCGUAUACACUUCCAGCAUCACGCCAACUCGCCGACAUCCGAUCUCCAGAACCAGACCGAUGGCAACCUGCUGCAUUCACAUCACCCCCACCAACAACUCCAUCAAUCACAACAUCACCAACAACAACAUCAACCACCACAUCUUCAUAGUCAAGUUAACAACUACCACCAUUCCAACAGACUAUCAGCGGAUUCUAUAACGCGGUUAGACGAUGAUUUUUCUUCUACGGAGCCUGAUAUCAAAGUAUUCGAUUCCAUCCGAGGUUUUGGUAAGGUUUUACACUCGCAGUCCAGUUUCUCCAAUCAAAUUGUGAACAACAAUUCUGUGAACUUCACUCCGUCCAUCAACUACACCAGUGAUAUCAAUGAUCUAAAUGGCGUGUCAGCAGCUCCACAAUCAGGCCCACUCAUCGUCUCGGCUCACAGCGAAAAUGGCGGUCAGAUGCCGUCAAUUGAGCCGGUCCUCGUCGAGAAGGUCAACGAUCAUGACAUGCUGCUUGAUGAUCUCCGCAAGACAGAACAUGCGGAGAAAAUGAAGAACAUCCGGUUGGAGCGGAAACUAAUCAAUGUAGAACACAAAGCACGUAUGGGUUUGAUUAAACUCAAAUCAGAAUACAUCAAACUUAAAAUGGAUUUUCUGCUGCAAAAUAAAAGAUAAUUUUUGAAAAAAAAACCCCCAAAAAAACAAAACGAAACAAAAAACAACCACAACAACAAAAAACAUACGAAGAUGCA